GCGGAAGACAGUGACGUUUGUUGAUUUCUGGAUUUACACACACCGGCGUUAUUUUGAUCAAUUCUAGCAUUUCAGACAUGUUUGUAAGGCAAUGAAAGUGCUGUUUAUGCCACUGUGGGUAAAAGACGUCAAAGAGAGGUGCACGAGCGGCUGUUUGUCCGUCAGAAUCUCAGUGUUCGAUAAGGUUUACCUGUGGUGAUGGCUAUCCUGUUUGCGGUGGUGGCUCGAGGAUCAACCGUUCUAGCUAAGCAUGCGUGUUUCUCUGGCAACUUUCUGGAAGUGACUGAACAGAUCCUGGCCAAAAUCCCAUCGGAAAACAACAAGCUCACAUAUUCUCAUGGCAGCUAUCUCUUCCACUACAUCUGCCAUGAGCGGAUUGUCUAUCUGUGUAUUACUGAUGAUGAGUUUGAGCGGUCUCGUGCGUUUGGCUUCCUCAAUGAGGUGAAAAAGAGGUUUCAGACCACAUAUGGCUCUCGAGCACAGACCGCACUGCCCUACGCCAUGAACAGUGAGUUUUCCAGCACACUGGCUGCACAAAUGAAACAUCACUCAGAUCCCAAAGGCUCAGACCGACUGACAGAAACACAGAUGCAAGUAGAUGACUUGAAAGGCAUUAUGGUCCGGAACAUUGAUCUCGUAGCUCAGAGAGGAGAGAGGCUUGAGCUGCUCAUCGAUAAAACCGAGAACUUGAUGGAUUCUUCGGUCACCUUUAAAACAACGAGUCGUAACCUGGCCCACGCCAUGUGUAUGAAGAACUUGAAGUUAACAGUCAUCGUCGUCAUAGCCGUGCUGGUGGUGUUGUAUUUUAUCGUGUCGGGCGCCUGUGGAGGACUCAGCUGGCCAAACUGUCGGAAGCAGUAGAAAACCCUUGAUGCUCCCUUAGUAUGCAAGACCACUAGUUCUGGCCACCUCACCUCGUCCUCAUUGACUACAGAGACUUACAAACACAGGACAACAGCAGUGUUUCCUGUAGUGUUCCCGUCAACACAUCAUCAUCAUCGUCUUGUCAUGUUGAUGUUACACGUA